AGAGCCACUUCUGGCCCGAGGCGCUGCCAUGGCCGGCCCGCGGCCCUCGCGAGCCCCCCUCCCCCCUCCCCGCCGCCAUCCGCCAGCGGGCCAUGGACGCGCCGGCCCGCUCGCCUGCGCGGGGCAGGCUGUGCUGCUACUCGCUGCUCGCGGCGGGCGUCGCGGGGGCCCUCGCCGCCGUGUCGCUGGCCGACGGCGACUGGGCGGCGCCAGCCCUCGGUCAGAGCCAGCUGCAGCUGACCCCCGCGGCGCGACGGCGGACCGACCCGCCCCGGCCCGCGGACCGCCCCGCGGCCGCGCCCGCGGCGCCCCGCGGCGGCCUGGGGCCGGCGAGGACCUGCGGCGUCGGGCGGGUCGACGGCCACUCCGAGUACGCUCGCGGCACAGCAUGGGUCCCUGGCGACGUCGACGAGGCGAUGCGCAAGAGGGCUGCGACCUGCACUGCGCAUGGCUACGCGUGCGGGGCGCACCCGCGGCUGUUGCGGUCGAUGUCCUGGACGUGGUCCCCGGACGGGUGCGUGCUGCGCCCGUUCGACCCCGGUGAGCUCGUUCGACUUCUCGCAGGGCGCACCUUGUGGUUUUUGGGGGACUCGAUCUCGAUGUGCAUGGCCAAUUCGCUGACGUGCCUUGGCGUCAAGAACAGAGCCCACCGAUACGACCACCUGGGUCUUGGGUUUAAUCAGAGCGAGCUCACGCCGAUCAACGAUCUUCUCGGGCCGGAUGUGGUGAAGCUGCUGGACCUGCGCACCAAGUGGAGGAAGGUGAUCGAUCACCUCGGGAUAAAGCCGCACGACAUUAUCAUCUUCAACACAGGAGCUCGUCGUCUCGAUGUUGCGCAAGAUCUUGCGCAAAAGUAUGGCGACCUUGCGAAAGUUAU